AUGGACGUCGAACGUGGCCAGUACGCCAAUUCCACCUACGAAGACGAGCACAACGACGCUGGCGCUGAACACGAGGCUCUUCUACCAACCUUCAGUCCUAAUAAUAAUAAUAAUAAUAAUAACAAUGAUAAAGCUGCAAUCGACCCUACACCUUCGAAACGGUUCCUAACUCUUACUCAACCCAAAUUCACAAUCCUUCACCUCCUCGUCGCAUUUACCGUUGGGAUCUCCGGCUGCGUGCUUGCUCAAUAUGUUUUAUGUGGGCCGUCGUGUUUUGGUAUGAAGGAAAGCACCAGUACUUCUGGAACCGACGCCUUCGCUCUCGCCAACCCUGACGCCGGAAGCACCCAGAUCCACGCUUUCCCUCCGCCUUCACCAACAAAUGCAUUCCCAUCAUUGUUCCCUUCAAACGUCGGUUAUGCGGGAGGUACACCAACUGGUGCCGAGCCAGCGCUGAUUGCCACCGCACCACAGUACCCUAUACAUACUGGAGCCGCUCAACUGGUGAAGCCGGAGACGUUGGGAGACAAAGGAGAUGAUAAGAAGAAGGAGAAGGGUGACAGCUGGGAUCUGUUUAAACAUUGGGGGAAUCUUGCGCCUUGGUAUAGCAAUGAACGAGGAACGUUUGGGUUGGAUUCGGGUCCAGGAACGCCUGAUACAUGUCGAGUGACUGGUUUGCACUUUUUGCAUAGACAUGGCGCCAGGUAUCCUACUGCUUGGGCUUCAUUCGGUGGGCCAGCGGACUUUGCUGGAAGGUUACACAAGGUCGCGGAUGAUUGGACUGCAAAGGGGAAUUUGGCGUUCAUGAAUGAUUGGACAUACAAGCUCGGUGAAGAGCUUCUGACUCCAUUUGGAAGACAACAGCUUUACGACCUCGGUAUCUCCAUGAGACUUAAGUAUGGAUUCCUACUCAAAAACUUCACCGAAACAAAUACUAUCCCCGUCUUCCGCACCGAAUCACAAGACCGCAUGCUGCAUUCAGCAUUAAACUUCGCCAUAGGCUUUUUCGGGUAUCCUUUUGAAGGUCAAUAUCAACAAAGCAUCACUAUCGAAGCAGACGGGUUCAACAACACGCUUGCUCCUUAUGAUACUUGCCACAAUGCGCGACAUCGCCCUAUCUCCGACCGAGGGAAAUGGUACGUCGAGCAGUGGGCAAAUAUAUAUCUGAACGACACGCGGGAAAGACUCCAGUCACAAUUGGAGGGGUACGACUUGAGCGUUGAGGAUGUGUAUACUAUGCAGCAGAUGUGUGCCUAUGAGACAGUAGCAAUCGGAUACUCCAAGUUCUGCGAGUUAUUUACACAAUCCGAAUGGGAAGGGUUCGAUUACUCUCUUGACCUCUAUUUCUGGUACAACUCCGCCUUUGGCUCCCCUGUCGCUCGUGUUCAAGGUGCAGGUUGGGUACAAGAAUUCAUUGCCCGUCUAGAGCACAAACCCAUUGCGCCCCAUGAGCAUCGUUUCAGUACUAAUUCCACGCUAGAUGAUAGUGAGAUUACGUUCCCGCUUAAUCAGAGCCUGUAUGUGGAUGCUACGCAUGAAGUUGUUGUGCUGAACAUCCUAACCGCAUUAAACUUGUCAAGUUUGGCAGCCAAUGGACCGCUACCGUACGAUCAUAUACCAGAAAACCAAUCGUUCAAGGUUUCUCAGCUGGCGCCUUUCGCCACGAACAUCCAGUUCCAAAUUUUAGAAUGUUCAUCACCUUCAAUAUCCGGCGAACAAGUUCGCAUAAUCGUCAAUGACGCUCCAGUUCCUCUUACCGGUAUCCGCGGCUGUCCAUCGCAAGCAGACGGACUGUGUCCUGUAGACACGUUCGUCAAGACUCAGAAGGAGAUUUUAGAGAAGACGAGCUGGGAGUGGGAUUGUUUCGGUGAUUAUGAGAAUGUGGUUGGGGUUGGGGAUGAAUGGGAAACUGUUACUGGUGAUGCUCCGCGGCCGGAAUCAAACAGUAGGAUUUAG